CUUACAUGUAUUGAAAGUAUAUCUAUUUGUUUAUUGGUAAAAGCAGAAAUUAAUUUUUGAUAACCUUUCUUUCUAACAAACUACAAUCUAUCAAAAGUAUAAAAAUACUUAAAACCACAUAGAAGUCUUUUUUUCAAUAAAAAAUAUUAAAUAUAUUAAUUACAUUACAUUUAGUAUCUCAACAAAAUUAAAAAAAGAUUUAAAACUAGAUUAGCAAAAUGGAAGAAAGUAUUACAGGUACCCUUAUUGCCGACCCAAACGGAAGAGUUAUUAAGAGUUCAGGAGAGUUGUAAAAUAAUUAAUCAGCAAUAGUUAGUACCGCUAUUAAAAUGCUUGAAGGAACAAAUAGCUUAAUAAAGAAUGAAACUAAUACCUUCCAUAAAUUAAAUGUUACAUUCGAUAGAUAUGAAUACAUUAUAACUUAUGAUGGUAAUCACAUCCAUAUUUAUUUAAGAUAAUUUGAAUGAAGAAAUUAAAAUAAAUUGUAAAUAUAUAAGCAGUGUAUCUAUCUAUCUAUCUUUAAAUUUAAGUAUUCAGUCUUAAAUUAAUUCAAAUUCUUUAUUAAUGCUAGCAAAUAAGUCUUUAUAUAUACAGUUCAAACAACAAUUACAGUAAAAAUACUUUGUGCA